AUGGACUACCUCACUGCAUGGACCAUCAGCUACCUCACUGCAUGGACCAUGGACUACCUCACUGCAUGGACCAUCAGCUACCUCACUGCAUGGACCAUCAACUACCUCACUGCAUGGACCAUGGACUACCUCACUGCAUGGACCAUCAGCUACCUCACUGCAUGGACCAUGGACUACCUCACUGCAUGGACCAUCAGCUACCUCACUGCAUGGACCAUCAACUACCUCACUGCAUGGACCAUGGACUACCUCACUGCAGGACCAUCAGCUACCUCACUGCAUGGACCAUCAGCUACCUCACUGCAUGGACCAUCAGCUACCUCACUGCAUGGACCAUGGACUACCUCACUGCAGGACCAUCAGCUACCUCACUGCAUGGACCAUCAGCUACCUCACUGCAUGGACCAUCAGCUACCUCACUGCAUGGACCAUCAGCUACCUCACUGCAUGGACCAUCAACUACCUCACUGCAUGGACCAUCAACUACCUCACUGCAUGGACCAUCAGCUACCUCACUGCAUGGACCAUCAACUACCUCACUGCAGGACCAUCAACUACCUCACUGCAUGGACCAUCAACUACCUCACUGCAUGGACCAUCAGCUACCUCACUGCAUGGACCAUGGACUACCUCACUGCAUGGACCAUCAGCUACCUCACUGCAUGGACCAUCAACUACCUCACUGCAUGGACCAUGGACUACCUCUCAGAGCGACCACAGUACGUGCGGCUGCAGCUGUGA